AUGGCGGCGCCCAUGGCCAAACUUCCGAUAGGACGAUCUAGAUCUUUCGUAAGGAGUCACGAAAAACCUGAAGCCAAUAUUGAUGGUGGUGCUGCGGCCGUUGCUAACGAGCUGCCCAACAGUAACAUAACCAGGGAAUUUACAGGCAGAAAUCAAAGAUCUCCUAGAUAUAUCUGUAACUACGUUUGGGAGGAUCCCUUCGAGGGCAGUAACUCGGACGAUGUAAUAGCCUUUACCACAGAGGGACAGAUCAAAAUAACGAAGAAGACGAAACACGACAAGUUUUCUGUAGAACAGUGGGGUUAUGCCAACCUGAACAUUUUGAAGGACAUGAUUUCGAGUGGAGAAUUGGACAUCCCCGGCAUUUUAGAUUAUUUAGACUAUUCUAUGGGAGUUUUUCGUCUAUUUAACCGUCAUAUACGAGCUAGUGUACUCUUAUAUGACAAGGAAUAUAGAGACUUACAAGCCAGAAUGAAUUUCCCAUGGGGCACUAUUCGACAAGACCUUCAUAACUUUCAGUUGCUUCCGAAACAGACUUUGGACAAUCUUAACAGAACCAAGAAACUAAGUAAUUUUGAUCAGGCUUCGCGUAGAAUGAUUCGUGGACCUGUAUCUCCAGAGGGAAAAGAAGUUUGCCACAGGUUUAAUAACGAUAAUUGUGAAAAUGCCAAAUGUCAUUGUAAUUCUGGGAAUGUGUGGUCACUGAUAUUGUCUGUCCUGCCCAAUAGUUCAGUGGAUUACGGGACAGGACAAGAGCUUUACAACUCGGUUAAUGCUGGUAAAGGUUUAAAAGUCAGUAUUAUCAAUGGAAAUCCAGAAUACACUACUAUCUACAGCAUUGAACACUCUGGUGCUUCGGUGUCAAACAAUAUUUGGGCAAUUACAAUAGAAAAUGUUAAACUCAAUCAUCUGAAUACAACUGAUAGUUUCUUAGCACGGCAUAGACUUGAAAUAAGCUCAGCACAACCAUACGCUUCUGAAUGGUCUAUGACUUUCAAUGACAGAAAAGAAAGUGUUGUAUAUUUUGAGAACUUUGCGAUAAAAUGGUUCCAGGAGAAUAAAAUUGGAUCAUCUCCUUGCUUAGAAAUGAAAAAUGGCAAUGUAAUAAUAGGGUCUAUGACUAAUUGUCUAAAAGAUAUAAACAAAGGAGCGGACAUGUAUCUCAAUGAGGAGAAACGCACAAAUACUAAAGCAACAUCGGUUUUGUCUACUGCGACUUAUUUGGUUGGCUAUAGAUACCCUUUACCGGCUCAUCGAAAGCCAGCAGAUGUUUAUUACUUUCCUAAACCAAUUUAUACCAUAAACAAUAUAGAGUUUAGUCACGGUACUAACAAAUAUCUAAAAUGGUAUGUUGGCUCUGCCAAAUACUUAGAUAACUACACAACAGCUUCUCUUGCUCAGUGGCUUACAGAUAAUUGUUGGAUAGAGAGCGCUUUCAUUUCAGAUUCUGGAUACAUUAUAUCUGGUUCAAUAUUACACUUACUAGAAUCACUUAAGAAUGGAAUACCAAUUAAAGUUGGAUAUAAUAAUUAUAUUUCUAAUAUUAAAGAUGUCAUAAGUAUAAAUAAAACUGUCAUUGCCGUUAUUGAAGAUAUUUUGGACGAUUUUAAUCUAAUUGAGGGUAUUAUGAUUCGUCGUAUGGUAUCUACAUCUGGUUUAAUAGUAUCUGUAUCUCACAUCUUGGAACAAACCUCAACUAACAUUUCAACCAUUGAAACAGGCGGAACAAGGUGGUAUGUUGAAAGUAGACAAACGUGGGAGAAGAUACUGACGUUUGAUGGGUCGAGAGAUGUGGUAUAUGGUUCGAAAGAUCAAGUUUAUGAUGCAGCUGUUAAUGGAUCAGGGUUUAGAAUCGUUAUAGAACACAGUGAAUCUGUUUAUCGAUAUGCUCCCAUAGACAUUGUACAUGUCUAUAACUCAACCUUUGUAGUUCUAGAAACAGGAAUAAUAUCAUCUAUUGAGUUUGAUGGUGAUGAAUACAGGUCAUUUCAAUGGGAUGGUUUCUUAUCAACAAAUGGUGUUUAUGAAACAGUGAAGUGGACAACUGGCUCUGAUCUUUUACAAUUUAGAACCAUAGUAAAUUACAAUAGACUUGAUGUAUUUAUUCAGAAUUAA